AUGCUCCGCCGCGGCUCCGCCAUCGCAAAGCGACAAGGCUACUACCCCACCAGCGACGUAUGCAGCGGACCCGGCGACACAUGCGCCGAGGCCUGCGGCGCAGAAUACGUCGAGUGUCCAUCUGACGGCAGCGUAACAAGUUGCCACUCAACAACAGAUGGGAGUCAUUGCUGUACAGAUGGGACUGGAAAUGCAUGCGGUCCAGGCGACUACUGCACCCACGACAACCAAAACCAAACUUACUGCUGCCCCGAGAAUCUCAAUGCAGAAGAGUGUGCAAAGCAGCUUGGGCUCGAUGUCCCGCUUAUCCCGGAUUCCGCAGAGACGACGACGCCGGUUGCUGAGGCUACGGGGGUACCGUCGCUUUCGCCCACGCCGUCGCCUACCGAGACGGAGACGGAGAGUGCGGUUGAGACGGAGACGGAGGAGGAGACGAGUACUGUGUUGGUGUCGGCAUCGCCGUCAUCGUUGCCGUCUACGACGAAGCUAAGUUCGACCAAGACGACGGCUUCGCCGAGUGCGGCGCUUCCUUCGGUUGCGAAGUCGUCUUCGUCGUCAUCUACUAAGGCGCCGAAUGCUACGAGUACUAGCCCUGGACUACCUCAGUUUACUGGUGGAGCGGCAAAGGUUGCUGGGGCUGGGGCUGCGGUACUUGCGGCUGUUGUUGGACUCGUCAUCUUGUAG